AUGGUGGUGCGCGAGGCGCCCCCGCUGGAGCAGGUGCGGCGGCUCGGCGCGCAGCUGCUGCAGUCGCGGGAGCACGUCAACAACGUCGUCGCGCUGCUGCGAUUCGCCGCGCAUCGCGACGGCGAGGUGGCGGCGGAGGCGGUGACGGUGCUGCAGGCGUUCUUCGCGCAGCUGCUGCGCUCCGACGAGCUGCUGCUCCACCCCGCGCCCUACGGCGCAGAAGGGGCUCUGCCAGCCAGUGCCGCAGCUCCAGCCUUCCACGCCUCUCAUGCGCCCCUCCUUCCCCUUCUCCACUUCCCUUCGUGCCACGUGGCAGCCAGCCGCGCGGGCGGUGCGGGCGGGCGGGCGCGGGAGGAGCGGGCGAAGGAGGAGGUGUAUCAGCAAUGGGCGCGCGCGCGGUACGGCGAGUACACGGGCGCGCUCAAGGCGCGCCUCAGAUCCGCGGAGGGCAGUGCCGCUAGCAAGGUGCGCGGAGGCGCGGGUGGGAGAGGGGAAUCGUGUUGGUGGGGCCGGGCAUGGGGAGCAGAUAGGCGCGUAGAAGGACGUGGAAGGCGGGGGCGCAUCGCAGGGGGGAUGCUGGGGGAGAGUGAAGGCGAGGGGGAAUGGGGGGUGGGGAGAGGGCGGUGCAGGCAGGAGCAGGGCGGAUGGCGGAUGGCGGAGGGCGGGGAGGAGGAAGGCCGUGGCGAUGGGUGGGCGACUGUGGUCCGGGGGACGAAUGCAUGUGCCAUGCACUUCACUGGGUGUGAACAUCCACACUAUCCUUCUUCCUCCCCUCUACGCGCUCCCCCACCGCUCCCCCACCAGCGCAUAGCGGUGGAGCAUCUGAUGGAGCUGGCUCGUUUGGAAAAGAAGGGCGGCCUGGCUGGCGCCACCAUCAAUAAAAUACUCAUCCCCCUGGUGGAAGGCGAGGCGGGGGACCCCUCAGUGCUCGCCAAGCUCGCCUCCUUCUUCACCCAUGCUGACGUCAGGCGGCAUGUGUACGGGGCAGUGGAGCAGCUGUGUGCGUCCAUGGCUGCUGCAGCCACCAAGCACACAAGCGCUGCUGAGGAUGCUGAUGGCCAUGCAGUGUCUCUUCUCCUCAUUGUCAUCACCUCUCCUCCCACGCACCAAUCACAGGACGCCAUGUGUCUCAACAUACUGGAGGUGCUCCUAGCCAUGCCCAUGCCGCCCGCCCCCAAGCCGGGCGGCAAGAGAUUGGUGGCGGAGGUGGGGCAGGGCGGGGGCGAGCAGGACGACCUGCUCUCCACCUGGGCGCUGCCCGCCCCGCCCUCCGGUGCGUGCUGCCUUGGGCUGGGUGGGGUCCCCACCGCUCCCUCUUCCCCCGCACUUGCCUUUCUUGCUUGGGCAGCGCAGCAGCGGGGGGGCAAGCAGAGUGCCGGUGGCAAGCGAGGGAGACAGGCAGGGCAGCAGGGCAGCAGGAAGCGGGCUGCGGGGAUGAAAGACGAGGGGGGGAGGGAGGAAGAGGGGGACCAGGGGGAGGGGGAGGUGGAGGAGAGGAGGGCAGCGGUGGUGAGGGAGGAGCGCAAGGCCCUGGCAGGGGCGUGGCUGGGGCUGCUCGCCCUGCCUCUGCCCCUUGAAGCUUACAAGAAGGUCGGUACUACCACCCCCCCUCGCCACACCCCGCACCCCUUCUGCCCCAACAUCUCCACCCCCCCCCCUCCCCCCCCCCCUCCCCUCCACGCAAUCUACAAUUAA